AUGCACACCGACAAGAAAAAAUCCAAAGAAGACACAUGGAAGCCAGCAGAUCUAAGAAGAUACAUAGCAGAAGAUGGUGCGAGAGGAGAAAGCAGACGACAUCGGGGGGACUCUGUUGAUAAAUACUAUAAGGAGUCCAGAAGGGAAGUAGAAAACUACAGAGAAGAAGAACUGAAAAAACAAGAUGUAAGAAGAAAAGAGGGCUCAAGAGAUAGAAGAGGUGACAGAGAAAGGGACAGAAUAAGAGAGGACAGGGAGAGAGAUAAGGACAGGAGUGAACGAGGAAGAGGAGCUGCCAAUUUCACAGAAAAAACUGACCGGAGGAGAGAUCGUGACCACACCCGGGACAGAGAGAGGGAUAAACACCGCCACAGUGACAAGGACAAGUACACGGAUGAAGAGAGGCUGAAAAUGAGGCAGGAAAGAGAUAAAGAAAUAAGAAGACACGAACGAGAGCAAGGAUACAACAGAGAAUCACGUGGGCAUGUAACUGUUGACAAAGGUGGGUCUGAAAGCAUUAAUAAGUCUAAUAAUGAGCGACGAGAACGACAUAGAGAAAGAGAAAAACACAAGGACGAGGCUGAAAUCGGCAGAAGUGAAAAAGAGCGGAGGGAAAGACACGCUGAGAGAAAGCACUCUGAACGCAAGGAAAGGAAAGAGUUUCAAGACGAAGAUCGAAGGAAGGAUAAAGAUGACAGAGAAAGAAGACAUAAAGAACCGCGACAACAUGAUGAGAAACAGAAGCAUCAUGGUGAGUCCAGAGAGCAUCGAGAUCAGAGGAAAAAGGAGGAAGAGAACAGGCGUCAUCACAGAGACAGAGAGGCAGAAACCGAGCGAGACAAACACAGAGAGAGGCGACACAAAGAGGAGGAAGACACAGAGGAAAAUAUGAAAGAAAGAGCACAGGAGAAGGACAAAAGAUCACAGCAAAGCAACUCGAGUGACACGGCGAAAGCUGGAGAAGCACAGAUGGCGGCAGACGAUUAUCAAGAACAAGAGUAUGAAGAUGACUUUGAGGAAUAUGAGGAUGACUUUGAAGACGCAGAUGAAAGUGAAGAUGAAGAUGUGCAGGAACAAGAGUCAGUACCUAAACAAGAGCUAUCAGCAGAGAAGAAAGAAGAGAUACAAGCCAUUCAGAAAGCCAUGGACGAGGAAAACAAAAGGGUUGGAGCGCUAUCCAGGCAGAACCCCACUGAAACCGAGGAAGAAAGACCUAUGGAAUCUGAAAAGACCGAAAGCAAGACAUCGCAACGUGGCAAAUUUAUGGACUUUGUAGCAGCCAAACAACGAGAAGUAAACAAACAGGUUGCAACAAAACAAAAGAAACGCAGCACAGAGUUACUCCGUCUGAUUGAUCUGGAUUUCACUUUGACAUACUCCCUCUUGGAUUUGCCCCCAGUGAAUGAAUAUGAAAUGUACAUCAGGAACUUUGGAACUGCAAAUACCAAGCAGGCCUAUGUUCAAUGUAAUGAAGACAAUGUGGAGCGGGACAUCCAGACAGAGGAGAUAGAGCUGAGUGAGAAAUGGACUCAACAUCCUCCAGAGAACAGUGGAGCUUGUGGUGAUCCAAGCAUUUCCCCAAAAUCUCAAGACGCCAGCGAACUCAAUAUCGAUUCCAAACGCCUUACAACAUUUUUGCAGUCUGCUUCCCAGGUUAUGGUCAUGUUGUUGGAGGAAGUCCAAGCCGGGGGAAGAUCCUUGAGCAAGAUGAAGACGCAAACAGAAGUUUUAUCUUUCAGCGAUGGAAGUGUACAGCUCAACACAAACUUGCCUUUUCUUCAUGGUCGCUGCAUAAGCCUGGUUCAUUUCUCCCAAGUCCAAAAACACACCAUGAUAUCCGUCCACACUUCAACCACAAAACCAAGCUCAGGGCCUUUAGACAUGCAUUCUCUCCUCUGCAUAUGGAACAUUUGGGAGCCAUCGAGACCACAGAGGAUUCUUAUGCAUGAAUCUGAGGUGCAGUGCUGUUGCUUUAGUCCAGGGAAGGCUACAUUAGUAUUCGCUGGAACCACAGUGGGGUCCGUGGUGAUGUGGGACCUGAGGGAACACACAAGCAACAAUUACCGCAUGGACUUUGGAGAGGAUCGAUGGACAUUCUGGCACCCCUCCUUCUCCACUGACGCAGCCAUGUCGACCUCUGAAUAUUUCUCCAGCGUCAUGGCUGUGGAAGUGGUGCCCUCUGCUGCAGCCAGAGAUCUGAGGUCCGAGGGCUCUCGUUUGGGGACUGAGGACGAAGCCACUGGUUUGUCUUUUCAAUUGGCAUCUCUGGAUGAAUGUGGCAUUUUAAAGUUCUGGGUGGUGGUGGAGCUUCCUAGAGCAGACGAGGCCGGCUCCCAAACAGAUUCAGGCCUGCGACCUGGGAGUAAAGUCAAGCUUCUCCACAGCUCCUCUCUCUCCGUUUCUGACAGAAUGUCUCACAAACUAAAGACGGCACCCUUGCAGACGCUCCAGCUACAAUUUCUUCCAACAGACUCCAACCAUUUCUACAUUGGCACUAAUAUGGGAAUUGUCCAUCAUGGCACAACUCACGGUUUAAAAGCUCAUCCGAGGUGCUACAGAUGUCAGGAGGGAGAAGACCGACUCUUUGAUAUCAACUCCAUUAGCUUUUCACCCUUCAGACACGAUUUGUUCUUGGUGGGUUGUGGGGAUGGCUGUGUCCGGUUACAUGCUGUUAAACAAGAAAAACCCUUGCUUGAGUGGAGGGAUUGCUGUGCUGGACAUUCGGUGGUCUCCGUGCAGUGGUCUCAAACCAGGCCUGCCGUAUUCUGUGUACUUGAUUCAAAUUCAAACAUCUACCUUUGGGAUCUGCUGAGAAAUGAGGCCGAACCUGUCGUUACUGAAAGCCAAGGAAAAGACAGAGUGACAACCGUGGCUUUGUUUGGAGACGCAGGACAACAAAAGACAUACUCAGGGGUAGCACUGGCGUAUGAGUCGGGGAAAAUAGACGUUCAAAUGAUGACCAGAGGAGAACAGAGGGCGCUGCACCAAAGCAACACGACUUCAGCUUCAGGCGUCAUCAGGACUGCACAGGAGGAAGAGAGGGGUCAGCAGGGGGAUGUGGACUUGGAUGAGGAUUUUGACAUUUCCUUUGAGUCGGACUUUAAAGUGAAAGCCACAUCAUAUAUUCCUCCUGUGGUUGAAGAACUUCCUCCAGUUGAAGAACCACCUCCAGUGCCGACCCCUACAAUUAUUCCAGUUGUUGAAGAAAAGAAAAAGAAAAGGAAACGCAAGAAGAAAAAGGCUGUUACCGCGGAUGAAGAAUCAGAAGAGGAGCCAGCACCUCUUGUUCCAUCUGCACCAGUUAUCCCUGAAAAGCCAGUUUUGAAAAAGAAGAGUGUUCCAGAAAUCCCAUCACUACCUCCGCCUCUUCCACUGCCAACACUUCCAUCUUCUCCCGCUAAAAAACCUGCCUCAAAACCUCUGCCUCCACUGGUCCCAUCUCCAGAGCUCCCAUCCUUCCUCCAAGAAUUCACAAACGCUGAGUGGUUUCAGCAGUUCUUCCCUGACAAGACGAAUAUUCCCAGCAGUCCUGAUUCCUUUUACCUACUACUCCUCAACUUCUUGUGCACAUGCAGCGCUCCCAUUAAGCCUAAGAUCCUUUCAGUCAUGGAAACACUGCACAGACAGAAGCAACUGCAAAACGAAGAUCAGCUGUACCAAAAACUCCUCGACACUGUGCCAAAAAUGGUGUCACCAAACAUGAGUGCCGGUGAGCAGGCGGUGCUUGGUCAGCUGUUGAAUCUAUUGUUGUCUCUGAAAUCAGUAAACCAAGAAUUCAUGAAAACUCUUCUCACACUCACAGCCUACAAAGAACUGGGCUUACGAGAAAAGAUGCUGCGUGUGCUGAAAUCCUUAGGUGUGGAUGAAGCCGAGGAGUGGUUGUGGCCACAGUUGGAGACCUGGGAGUCAGAGCUACACAGCAAGACCAACGUGUGGAAAAGUCUUCAUACCUCUGCACACUGCCUGCUAAAUCUGUGGACCGCCAAAUAUAAAGAUCACACCAGAGAUCUAUUCCACAGCAGUGCACACAAAUGGAAACCCUCUGCAUUUACAGCUGUGGAUGUUGUCAAUCACUUCUGCUGUGUGCAAAAAGAGGGAUACCUUAAAGCCAAACAGGCGGCUCCAAGUGUCAAUAAUUCAGUGAUUUUGCCACGUGACUGUGUGUCUGGUCCAAUCUAUCGCCUUGGAGAAACGUAUUGUAUGACAAGAAGACGUAAACCAAAAGGCUUCAUUCUGCCACCUCUUCGAGACCGCCCAUGCCUAUUGCACUUCCCAAACUACAUGUCUUUUCCAUUACCUCUUAUUAGGCUUUCCCUCUUCAACCCAGACUCAGAAAAAUAUCAUCUGAACUUUCUAAACCAUCGGUACUACAUUUUGGAGAAGUCACAUGUGGAUUACUACAGAUAA